AUGCCUACAUCCGCAAUCUCCCGCCUAAGCUGUCCCCAAGGCUCCUCCUGCGCGGCCCAACCCUCCAACAACGUCGCAGGCGGGUGCUGCCGGCUCGGAGACGCCAGCUGUAUCCUCGCCACAGCUUGUAUUGAGUCCUCGUCCCUCUCAGCAUCAUGUGGGUCAGAUUGUCAGGCAAAUUCCUACGUGACGAAAUGCAGCAACUCGGCGACGCCGUAUUGUUAUACGCGGUACUGGGUGAGUGGCGCAGUGACGCCGAGUGAGGUGGGUUGCACGACGACGCAGGGGGUUGUGGCGUAUGCGUAUACUACGUAUACGGGGUUUGGGGCGGAGAUUACGCAGAAGUCGACAGCAGCUGGAGGGACGAUAGCAGCGAGCGACGCAGGCGCUGUAGGUCUUGUGUCAGAGCAGAAGGGUGGCAACGGCGGACCGGGUGAUGGAACAUCGUUUGCGGAGCAAAAGACUGCCAACGGGAGUGUCAGCUCGCCAGCCGAACUAUCUCAGCGUGACGCGGCGCGUCCGUGGGCGCCUGCUGAAGGUCAAUGGCACGAAGUGCCCGGGCGGAGUACUGUACCAGAACUGCCCUAG